AUGCUGAGGAACACCUCGCACAAAGCUCUGGCCCUUUGGCGCCUUGGCCGCCUGGCACGUGGCCGUGGCAAUGCAACACUGGCUGAGGAGUACUUUCGGGAAGCUGUCAAACAUAAGUCCGAGGAGGUCUUGAGGCAUCGUCGGGACUUAGGCAGCGCAAUCUUCUUGCAAGGCCGUGUUGAGGAGGCUGAACAAGAGUGGAGACAGAUCUUGGAGCAGCUGAAAUGGGCACCUGGGCUUUGA